GCGAGGCUUGACACGCAAGGCUGAAUUUUGCGACCUCUUUACGGCAAGUUAGGAAAUCAUUUUUUUGUAUUUCUUUGGAGCUGCCAAGGUUUCCAAGAUGGGGUUGCUCACUAACAUUGCUAGGGGUCUGGUCCGUGGUGCAGACAGGAUGUCUGUAACGACAAGCAAGCGGGGUCCUAGAUCAUACAACAAAGGGAGAGGGGCCAAGAUGACUGGUUAUAUGACAAGCAGUGGAAAAUUCAUGAAAGUGAAAGAAAUGGUCCCCGAAUUUGUGGUUCCUGAUCUGUCCGGUUUCAAACUAAAACCAUAUGUGUCUUACAAGGCUCCACCAGGAACUGAAGAGCAAAUGACUGCCAAGAAACUUUUCAAAGAAACUGUUGCACCACUCAUAGAAAAAGAUAUUAAAGAUGGUACCUUUAAUCCAGAGAACCUGGAAAAGUACGGAUUUGAACCCACCCAGGAAGGAAAAUUGUUUCAGCUGUUUCCAAAGAAUUAUGUGCAAUAACUGUGAGAAUGAGUCCUAUAGCUUUUUGUUUCUAUAACAACACAUUUUCUAAAGCAUCUUGUAAAUAAAUAUAAUCUGCCACUA